AAUGGGCGGGGCGCGGCUGAACACACCUCUCGGUGGGAAUGCGGAUGUUUUCUGCAGCUUAUAAAUAAAACCUGCGCGCAGACAAACUGGGCUGAACCCUGGAGGAGCAGCAGUGCAGCAGUGUCAACUCCCUCACACCCAUCAUCUGUCCUCACCAGUGUCUCCUCUCAGACCCUGAGCACUAUGGCGCUGCACAAAGAGUUCGCGACUGCAGGGAAGAGUCCCGGUCUGCAGGUGUGGCGGGUGGAGAAAAUGGAUUUGAAACCUGUCCCCAGAGAAUUCUAUGGAGAGUUCUACACCGGAGACUCUUAUAUAUUGCUCUACACCACCUCUACUCCUUCUUACAACGUUCACACAUGGAUCGGUGAGAAAUCUUCUUUGGAUGAGAAAGCGGCUGCGCCCAUCUUCAUGAUCCAGCUGGAUGAUUUCCUCAAUGGAAAACCAGUACAGUACACUGAGUUUCAAAACGACGAGUCUGUCACCUUCAUGAGCUACUUCAAGGCUGGCAUCCAAUACAAGCAAGGUGGAGUAUCCACAGGCUUAAAACACGCGCAGUCCGUAGAGGUCAAGCGCCUGCUGCAUCUUAAAGGUCGUUCCAGCGUCAGAGCCACAGAGGUGGACAUGUCCUGGGGCAGCUUCAACCAAGGAGACUGCUUCAUCAUUGACUUGGGAGAGAAUAUCUUCAUCUGGGCUGGAUCCAAAAGCAAUCCCUUUGAGCGCCUGAAAUCCAUUGAUCUGGCCAUCGAGAUACGCAACAAUGAGCGAGCCGGCAAAGCUGUAAUACAUCACAUUGAUGAAGGCAGUGAGCCAGACGUUGUCCUUGAUUUGCUUGGACCAAUGCCCAACAUCCCACCAGGAACAUCAGACAAGCUACCUGAUAAGAAGAACAUCCCUCCAACUCUCUAUUUGAUUUCUGAUGCUGCAGGCUCCAUGAAGACUACUAAGAUGGCUGAUAAACCCCCAUUCCAACAAGACGCACUCUCCAACAGUGACUGCUACAUCUUAGACAAUGCAGGGGACAGAAAGAUAUUUGUCUGGAAAGGAAAGGAUGCUAACCCCGAUGAGCGCAAAGCCGCACUCACUGCUGCAAACAAAUUCAUCAAAGAUAAGAAUUACUCCCCAAAAACUAAGGUCCAGAUAAUGCCAUCAGGGGCCGAGAACGCCCUGUUCAAGCAUUUCUUCUUCAACUGGAUCGACAAGUAUGAGACUACAGGCCCAAGUGAGGCCUACACCAUGGGUAGAAUCGCCCAGGUGCCGCGAAUUCCCUUCGAUUCCUCCACACUCCACAACAACACGGCUAUGGCUGCCCAACACGGCAUGGUGGAUGAUGGAUCCGGGGACGUCAAGAUUUAUCGGGUGGAAGACGGUGAUACAGUACCAGUGGACCCAUCCACUUAUGGACAGUUCUUUGGAGGUGACUGCUACCUGGUGCAGUACUCCUACUCCACGGGAGCCCGUAUGAGGCAUAUCAUCUACACCUGGCAAGGACAGAAGUGCAGUCGAGAUGAACUGACUGCUUCAGCCUUUCUCACCGUCAGAAUGGAUGAUUCCAUGGAUAAGGCAGCUGUACAAGUCCGUGUGACUCAGGGCCAAGAACCAGCUCAUCUCGUGAGCUUGUUUAAGAACAAGCCUUUGGUCAUCCACCUCGGUGGGACGUCCCGUGCGAGCGGUGAGAGCAAGCCUGCCAGCACACGGCUCUACCAUAUCCGCCAGAGCUGCACCAAAGCCACAAGGGCCGUUGAGGUGGAGCCCAGCGCUUCGUCUUUGAACACCAACGACGUGUUUGUGCUGAAGACACCCAAAGCCCUGAUGCUGUGGGUGGGGAAGGGAGGAACUCCGGAGGAGAAGGAGGCAGCCAAGUAUGUCGCCGGCAUGCUCGGAGGAACCGCCACUGAGGUGCAAGAGACCAAGGAGCCUGUUGGUUUCUGGAAUGCCCUGGGUGGGAAGAAGGACUACCAGACCUCCAAGACCCUGCAGGAAUCAGUCAAGGCUCCUCGACUGUUCAAUUGCUCAAACAAGACUGGCAGGCUGAUAGCAGAAGAGGUGCCGGGUGAGUUCACACAGCUGGAUCUGGCAACCGAUGAUGUCAUGAUUCUGGACACCUACGAUCAGAUCUUCGCCUGGGUCGGAAAGGAUGCCAAUGAGACCGAGAAAACUGGAUCACUCAAGAUUGCCCAAGAAUAUCUGGAUUCUGACCCCUCUGGCCGCAGCAGUAUCCCCGUCACUAAAAUGAAGCAGGGUGAGGAGCUGUUGUCCUUCACCGGCUGGUUCCAUGCCUGGGACCCCAAGAUGUGGGACAAGGAUAUUUUGCAGCGCAUCAAUGAUCGUCUCAAAGAGUAGUAGCAGAAAAUCACAAAGCAGUAGCUUUUGCAGAAAAAAGAAGAUUUGAUUCCUUCCUGAAACGCUUUUGAUAUGGGUGGAGGUACAUUGAGAUUUGACAUCCUGCAACACAGACGGUGUAGUUAGCAGUUUAAAGGGUGUUAUUUAAAUAUCCCUCAAAGUCUAAAAUAAUAUCCAUGCUGUGAUAUAAGAACACAGACAGAAGCUUUCAAUUGCCUGCUCACAGGAUUAAAGAUAUAAUCAAACCUUUGCUUGUGGUAUUUUCUCUGCUGCUUGUUUGUGUUUUUUUUGUUUUUUAAACAUGCCUCAAAACAAAGGUCCAAUCAUGACGCACUUUUUUGAAAAUGCACAUGUUCCAUACAUAAGGUACUGGAACCAAUUUUGUGACAAACUGAAUGCAUAUUUUUACCUAAAAUGUCCCCUUUUUACAGUCUAGAAUGCAAAGACAAAUACAAUUUUCAAUAAAGACAUCACCUAUUUAGAAAAUUGA